AUGGCUGGUGUGGCUGGGAAGGGGAUAGCAAAUGUAAAAAUUGGAGAUAAAGGCCGCCUUGAAGAAACCCCGCGGGAGCAGGGCUGCGCUGGAGGGAUGAUGCGCUCCAGAGCAUCCCUGGUGUCGGGGGUCCAGGGGACAGGGCAGCUCUGCGGGUCUUUCCUGCAAAAUACAUGCCCGUUCCUCCUCGGAGAGAGGAGGGUUGACGGUGCCGCGUGUCCUUUGGAGGAGGGAGAGGCUGGAGGGGCUCCAGUAGCUGUCUGGAAGCAGUCGGCACCCUGUGCUGGAGCACAGACCCCCGUGGUAGCGCAUUCCCCCCCCCAUGCUGGUGCAUGCCCCCCUGUGCCAGUGCACGUCCCACGCACCGGUGCGUCCCUCCAGCACGCACGGGGGGGCACAGAAGAGCAGCAUUCCCGGCAGCAGGAGUUGUCCAUCGCGGAGCGGCGGAGAGCCACCCGCCCGUAUCGGGGGCGUGGGAAAACUGCAGCCUCCGUGAUGCCGAGCUGUGGGCCUCCGCUGUAUUUCCAGACCCCACGACUGCGGCUCGGUGUAUUUUUGGUUUGUAGCACCGGGCCCGGCUCCAGCAGCCCCGCCGAGCAGCAGCCGGUCCCUUGGAUGGGCAGCCCUCUUCCUCGGAGCGGCAGCGGGACCUUCGGCUGCAGCUCCAGCCUCCGCGGCCACCGGGCUCUGCCCUGGGAGCAGCUCAGCCCUGCCAGCGGGUGCGUUCCCUGCAAGCCUGUGGCAAUGUGCGGACCACGUGAACAAAUAUUAAAAAAUGUAGCUGGAUGCGAUAAUAUUUAUGCCCUAGCAGGUCUCCGUGCUGGUUGCGUAAGACGUCAUGUAUUCUUUCCAUCCCCGUGUCCUUUGCCUUCCCAAGCAGGAGAGCUGCCAGCAGCGCUGGUGACGUAUGGGCAGCGACAAAAAACUCGGCAUCGAAAAAAAAGGUAUUUUCUGCUCGCUGUGCCUGGCAGCCACCGUGGCUCCGAGCAAAGAGCUGCUCAGCGGGAUGCUAUUUCAGCUGCUGCGGGAAGAGAGCAGAAGUGUCGUCGAUCGGGUCCUGGUCCAAGAGGAAAGAGGCCAGACCUCUUCUGGUGGCAGGGUCAGGACUUGUCACACGCGGUGGCAAAGAAUAUUUGCAUUUUCCAAAUAGUUCCUUUGUGUCUCUGA